AUGCCUAGAUCUUUUCGUACAGGUACACCAUUGCCAAUUGAUUCGGAAAUAGAGAAGACUGCAAAGAAGUUAAGGAAGCAAGCCAAUCUUCGUAAGAGGCAACCGGGUUCCGGGACUUCUUCAUCAUCUACUCCCUCGGUCAUCAACAUUUGGGAGGACAUACCCCUCUCAAGUGUAUCCACAUCAGAAACAGAAAGUCUCUCACUCUCAUCACAACCAUCUUCACCCAACAAUACCACUUCACCUUCUUCACCUAUUCAUAAUAUCCUAAACACUUCGCCUACAGAAACAUCACCCACUUCUCAAGCCAUGGCAGACAUCCCUGGAGGAAAUCCGCCUCCAAACCCACCACCCGAACAAACCCUCCGCCAAUGGUCAAGACAAGAGCCAUUGGCUGAAAAGAGCUUAAACUCGACUAACAAUGAUUUUGUGGAGUUAGUCUUGUCACAAAAAUUAGACAGGUACAAAGCCGAAGAACUUGCAAAGGAGUGCGGUACAAACGAGGAGGUGCUGGAGAUUUUGAAAUUCAAGGAUGAUAAGCACGUGUGGAUUGAUGGAAGAGAAGUAGAGUCACCCACCACUAAAGCCAAAUUCCUUCCACCGGUGGAACAAGCACAAGAUUUGAGAGCAAAAACUCCACUGGGCCCUAUAAAGCAAAUACAUGUCGAGAAGGAGAGCACUCAACCGGUCAUCAACUCAAAUAAAUUAUCAAAGAAGGAAGAGAUUCAACAGGGCAAACUUGAGUCAUUCCUUAAACGAGGUCAUGCCAUCCAAAAAUUCGCGCAUGUUCCAACUUUGAAAGAGUUGCAUGUUUACAAUCAAGUCAAAACCCUGUUUCGCAACAUAGGGUGGCACGGCUUGUUGAGGGUCCAUGAAUUGAGCUAUAAAGUCCCAACUGCUGAGUUUCUAUCCUCAGUUUAUUUAGAUCAUGGGAUCCUCUACUUCCGUCUAAUGAAUCAAGACUAUGAGAUCUCCUUGGAUCAAAUCAAUGCCAUUGUGGGGGCCCCAACGGAAAACACAUUUGGCCCCACUGAUCCAAUCCAAGGAUACUAUGACAUGACUUGGUGGACCCAGCUCACCCAAUUACAUCCAUAUGUCUCUAGCGCUGCUAAAGCCUCAUCACUUAUCCAUCCUGUGAUUAAGGUAGCUCACAGAAUCAUUGCUUCGCUCGUCGCCCCUAGAGAGGAGCGAAGCACCAUUAGCGCGCUGGAACUUAAAAUCCUUUAUGCAAUGACCCAUCCCGAGAAUAACCUCAUUCCUCAUUAUGGUCGGUUUCUGUGCCACAAGCUCAUCCGCCUUAGCGCAUCCCGAUCAGGAAAGAUUGUUUGCGGGGGUAUUGUCAGCAUGCUCGCCAAGAGCGCCCACAUCCGAGCCCCAUACCCCGGUCCCCACCAGCCACUGCCGGGUGAGCCUUAUCUCACCACUGCUAUCCUUGAGUCCAUGCGACUCUUCCGCUCGGCAGGCGAUGAAAAUAAAGGCAUUCUUGAUUUCCGAAAUCCCAUUCAUAUGACUGAUUGGCAAAUCAUUCCAUACAUCUUCCCCCACUCUUAUUCCACCGAGGUCGAUGAGCAAAGCGAAGAAAACGAGGAAGAAGGUGAUGAUGAUGAAGAAGAGGAGGAGCCUCACCAUGCUUCUCCCACCGGUGGUGGCAGCUCAUCCCGUUUUGCUGCACCCCCGCCUUAUCAUCAACAAUAUAUGGACGAAUUCCAAUCAAUCCAUACCCGCCUCGACACCUAUCAGCAGGAUAUUACCAGCCUGACCCAGAAUUUUUCCACCUUCACCACCCAGUACGCUCGGGAUCAAGAGCGUCAACGCAAACAUGAGGAGGACUUCUGGGCUUGGACCCGAAACCCCAGCUACUAUCCUCCUCCUCCACCUCCGUUUUAG